AUGAUAUUUUAUAUCAUUUAUGUAAUACUACCAAUAAUACUCACAUUGAUCCUACUAAAAGUGCUAAAAAUUAUGCAUUAGUAGAUUUACAAAGUAUUCUUCGUCUUCAAGGUCAUUCUCUUGAAGAAUUUCCACCUAUGCCUCUUCCAUCUGAAAUUUCUGAUAAUACAGAUCAACUUAUUCAUGAAGAAUUAAAUUAUAACACACAUUUACUUGCUCAAUUUUAUGAAAUCAAUAAAAAUAAAUUAAAUCAAGAUCAACUUAAAAUAUUUUCUGCA